AGACCUUACUUCCAGAGAAGUUACUUCUGACUAAAAUGAGUAUCUUACCUAUCUUGCUUAUUUUGUCCACAUUCACGAUUUGUGACGCCAUUGUGGUAUCUUUGAUCGAGGCUGGAGAAUUGAGUACAAGAUUGAAACACAAACCAACGCAACGUUCACAAUCUUCGCAUGACAACGACAUAGUUGAAUGGACCUGCUUUGAGGAGAAUUGGACGGAUUUAGACUCCAAACCCCAAACAGCCUUCCUGGCAAAGCUGACUUACAAGGAAAAUCAGAAGGUUUUGCUGGACUGGUUUCUUGUAGACGAAUGCGAAUACAAUAAUAGUAUACUAGAAGUGCGACAAUAUCCGAAGUUAGCAAUCACAGUAAAAUUCCGUACCAAGAAGUAUGUAAAUGGCUCUACUGUAAAAAAAUUGUUCAACCGCAUGUUUGGCAUUUCGUAUGAAGAUUUCAUUUUUGUUGCAAAAUACGUGAACUACUUUCUCCAACUCGACCCCAAGUCUGGUACUUACUCCGUACGUCGUCUGGGGAUUUCGUGAAGAAACUGGAUGUAUAAGGUUGGAUUAAAUCUUUUUUUAUGAAA